AUAACCAGAGAGCGAACAACGGCGGCCCCAAACGCGGCAUCCCCGAGCGGACGCGCUUGCAUGGACCGCACGACAGGCCGCCGCUGCCGGGCCAGCCGCCGAUCGACGACCGCAUGAUGCUCGCGCCGGCUAUGCUGCCGCCGCUGCUGCUGCUGGCGCUGGCCGGCCGCGCGCAGCAGCAGCAGCAGCACUUCCCCAGGACCCGGUUCCAGCCCGUGCACCGGUACCCGCCGCUGCCCAACGGCAUCAAGCUCAGCCCCGAGCUGAUCAACCAGGCGCUCCAGCUGCCGCCCAACGGCCACCCCCAGGGGCCCGCUCAGCAGCAGCAGCAGCAGAGCUUCAGGCCCCAGCGGAUGGUGCAGCUGACGAUUCCGCAGGGCGUGCUGCGAGGCCGCGUCCUGCGCACGCCCUCCGGCCGGGGCCUGGUCGCCUUCCUCGGCGUCCCGUACGCCGCCGCGCCCCUCGGGCCGCUGCGCUUCAAGCCUCCCGUGAUACACCCUGGCUGGAGCUCAGUGCUGGACGCGACGGCCUUCCGAUCGGCGUGUCCACAGUUUGACUACCGCGGGAGGAUCGUGGGCAACGAAGACUGCCUCUUCUUGAACAUUUACACGCCAGGAUACAGGAACGGCCAGACCCCGUCCUACCCCGUGAUGGUGUUUGUGCACGGUGGCAACUUCGAGACCGGAGCUUCAAGCCAGUACGGACCACAGAAGCUUGUCGACAAGGACGUCGUCGUGGUCACCAUAAACUACAGGCUCGGCAUUCUUGGGUUCCUGAGCACGGGCGACAGCGUCUGCCCUGGCAACCUGGGUCUGCUGGACCAGAACCUGGCGCUCAAGUGGGUGCGCGACAACGUGGGACACUUUGGCGGCGAUCCUUCGCAGGUGACGCUCUUCGGCCAGGGCUCAGGCGCCGUCAGUGUCUUCCUGCACAUCCUGUCGCCCCUCAGCCAAGGGCUGUUCGUACGUGCCAUCGCCGAGAGCGGCAGCCCGCUGAGCGACUGGGCCGUGGAGCCCGAACCGGCGCAGUUCAAGCGCAUCGUGGCCCAGGGCGCCGGAUGCCCGACCGACGGCCCGUCAUUCGCGCUCAUCGACUGUCUCAUGCAGACGCCCAGCAGCGAGUUGCUGCGCAUCCAGCAGGAGAGCAAGGUGUUCGGCGACUUCCCGGUGCGGACGGCGCCUGUGGUGGAGAAGUUCAACCCGCAAGGGGCGUUCCUGCCGGACGAGCCAGCCGCCCUGCUCGAGCGCGGAGAGUUCCGACGCGUGCCGCUCAUCGCCGGCGUCAACAGGGAUGAGACCGCCUUCUUUUUUCCCGUGCUGUCGGGGUACCUUCGGGACCGGUCGGCGCGCAGUGCCACGUACGUACGCGACCAGUUGCUGCCGCGGUUCCUGAGCAGCGCGCUGCGCUACAACCGGCCGCCGACGGAUGUCGUGGACUCCGUGGACGAGACCUACUUCCGCGACGUCAACCCGCUCGACACGAACGCUGUCAUCAGGGCCUUCAUCAACAUGUCGACGGAUGCAAUGUUCGUGGCGCCCAACCAGGUGACGCUGGCCAAGUACUCGCGCUUCGAGGCGCCUACCUACAUGUACGUGUUCGAGUACCGGGGGGACACCAGCCUGCUGGAUGCCCGACUCGGCUUCCAGAGGCAGUCCUACGACCUUGGUGUGUCCAACGGAGAUGAGCUCAUCUAUCUAUUCGAUGUGACGGCCGAUGGACUACGGCCACUGUCCAACCUCGACUCACUCGUCAGCAGCAGGAUCAUCAACCUCUGGACAGACUUCGCUAAGAGCGGUUCGGCACCGCAGUACCCGAACUUCGAGUACCCUGCGUGGCCACGCGCCACGCCCAGCAACGUGUCGUCAUACCGCAUCGGCCGUUCGCUCCAGCCAGGCACCGAAUAUCGAGUCGAGGCGACGCGCUUCUGGUCGGGAAUCUCGCCCGCGCUGCUCGGCCAGCGGGGCGAUGACGACGGAUCGCACUCGGGCGCCCUGGUCACCCCGCCUGGCUACGUGGAGCCCCUGUACAGGACUCUGGCCUGGAGCAUGGUGGCCGUGGCCAUCGCGCUCGCGCUAGCCCUCAUCGUACUCCUCGUGGUGCUCUACAACCAGAAGAAGAGCCAGAGCUUCCGCGCCAGCUCGGACCUGGACAACUCCCGGGUGUCCGCCGGUGGAUCCACGCUCUACUGACGAUGGCACGGGACGUCGCCCCUGUUUAAAUGUCACGCUCACCGGUACAGACUCGAAGGCCACAAGAGCUCCGCUGCGAUGUCGCCGCAUGUUUUUGCUCCGACUGCUUUCUGGUCCGGAGCACAACUGGGAAGCAUCCGCGCACUUGUAAAACACACGCGGCAAGAACGGCGAGCGGUACACGGCAAACGAGCAGAACUGCGCGUGGAUCGUGCUGAUAUAGGCUUGCCCGGGCAUUAUAUAUUUUUGCGCUCGGAGUGGCGAAUGCGCCAUUUGUCUGUUGCGACCACUCUUGGAGGCGAACUUACGGGCCCUAUAGGGCAUCGCCUGAGCAGAGCAGAGAGACUGUCUAAAGCAUGCCGUUUCGCGCAGAAGUAGCUCUGUGUGCUGGCACGAUCACCGUGCGAGGCCACAAGGCGAGGCUUUAGAAUUGCAGAUAGACUUUUACGUUUCAAUGUCCGCGUGCUUCAGCUUCAGCUCAGGCUUAAUGACGCGUGAAUUCAUUCGAUGGGCUGUCACCGCCUCUUUUCUUUUUACGGCAUAUUGGUGAUAUUGAUUGGUGCGUAAAAUCCCUGAAAGCGUAAUAUAACUUACUGUGUAACUGAAACUGUAGUUAAAUGGCAUGGAUCUAAAAAAAAAAGGCGUGUAUUUCAUUUCAUGGGUGCGUACGACCCGAAGUUUUUGCAGGCUCGCUCAGAGAGAAGUGGUAAAGUUAGCGCGAAUGGCCUGAGUGCUGCUGUAGUGCCGUUGUCCUCGCAGCGUGUAAUUCGACCAGCUUUGAGAAAAGCAACUUUUUCUGUGAGGGGUGGACGUUCCGAAUCAAAGCUGUUGUUGCGCAUUUUUAAUGCUGACUCGCAGCGGGCAGAGGAUUGAAACUUACAUUUCGUUUCCAGCAUUCUCAGCUCUUCCUUGUUUUCUUUCCUUUCCUUUUUUUUUUCUCGUUGAAGUGAGCACCUUUGCGCAGCCUUGUCAGUUUCGUUCAAGCUAUAUAUAGUUUUGUUUUGUAUGUAAGCACCUUAUAUACAAAGUGCGUGCAGACAGAAUGUGGCAUUUCACGACAGAGUAUGCGUUUUUAGUCAAAAUAGGCUGUCGCCGGCGGGUAACGUAAGGCCGGAGUGUUGGAUAGAGCUCGCGCUGUCACAUAUAGAAAAGAAAAAAAAAAGACAGUGGAGACACGUUUGUAUUUAUCGUGUAUAGUCUUGUAUAUUUCGCGCACGACUGCAUAACAAUUUAUAGUAGUGCUUACAGUAAAAAACGAAAGCUAAUAUGUAUUGUUACCGCAAGCUAAGAAAGUUUGUCAUAUGUGUUUCGUUCACACGCCAUCCUCAUGAUAUUCGCAUCCGCUGCAUUGUCAAACCGCACAUUUUAAAAUCACAGCGAGUAUCUCAAGUGGGAUAGCGAACAGGAUUUAUUUAAGUGCAUUAGUACGCGCAAUGGGUGUUGUUCAUGAGAAUUAACGCGAUCUGUGCACAACGAGAUUUUAAACAUUGGCUGCAUACGAACGUACUUCAUAAGUCUCAUAAAGGGACCUGCCGCAACUGUUGUUGGUGUAGCUUUACAGUGAAUUACGAUCGCUUCAGUAGUAUACGUUCACUGAGAUAGGCUGUUGUGGAAUGAAGUUCAUAGCUGAGAAGCUAAAGAUACACCGCAAAAGCGCAGACGUCAGAAGUAAACGUGCUCCGGGCGUGAAAGAAGGUAGCAUAUUAAUGAAAGUGGUCAACGAGGCACUGACGCCGCUGAGAUUAUCGUUGUUAAAGCUAUUUAAGGUUCUUUAUAUCUCUUGGGUAUCUUGAACCUGGCACGGUGCAAGAGCAAGCUAACAUAUCCUUGAGGCAAUUUCACGGUGUUAUUGAGCGUUAGUUUCAUUUCAUAACGGAUCCUCUUAGAGGUUCGAUCCUCACGCUUAAAUGAAAGAUUAAGCUGAGAUUGCGUUGAGGAGAUGAAAUCAAAUGGAACCAUCCGUAGCGAAACCUGUGAGCAGCAAUAUCGUGGGAGUAGGGUUUCAGAUCAGCGGUCGCUCCAAAUACACAACCCACCACUUACGCACCAUCCCGACAGAUACUGUGCAAGGUGACUGCUGCUAACUUCUGUGUCGCUAUAAGUCGGCAAAUGCAACUCCACGCUUUGUUUCCACAAGGGGACGCCGCGUAGUAAACAAAAAAGCUGAAGUGGUACGCGACGUAUGCCGUUUAUCAUGCUUCAGCCUACGUAAACGGAGGUUUAUUCAUACACUCCAACGAGCUACAUGUCCUCAAUGUGCUGUUAGAUCUCUACAGAUGACUGUUAGUCGGUCAGCUAGAUCUCUAACUAAUCUGGCGUGAUGCCUGCGAGAGGGCGCACCAUCCUUUCAAAAUGAAAAAAAAAAGCGAAAUGCUGGACGAGCUGUAAUUCAGCGCAAAUGCGAGUGUGGAUUUUGCGUGCGUGCUUUUCCGUCUGGACCAGUCCGCCGAGAUGGCCUUUGUUGACAAAGUUUUGUUACGCUUUUCUAUCUUCCUCGGGUAGUACUUCGUACAGUAGGAAAUGCUAACUUCCACCUAACAAAAGCCUGAGCAAUGUGCAAGUCUAUUGCCAUGCUAGCUGUGUGGCAUUGCACAGGGCACGAGUGCAGUUUUUAUAAAAAAGAAGUAACGAUCUCAGAAGCGGUUACAUUAGAAAACUACAGCUUUGUUGUUCAUCAGUGUACUUAGAUUGCAACACCCAGAGUGCGUGUUGCGCAUAUUCAUCUCAAGUUAUUAUUAUUAUUAUUAUUGUUUUCACUAAACGCGGCGUCACUGACCCUGUGUCAUCUACAUCAAGACUGCACUACAUACGACUCAGCCGCAGAGAAUGCUCUAACACUGACAACGAACCCUUUAGCCACUGUUUCUCUAUGCAUACGCAUGUUUGUACAUAGGACAUAUCCUUAGCAUAUGGUUCAUACUGCCACUCCACGAAUCAUUGUUGCGCCACAUGUUCUUGCGCGUUUUUUUCUGCUGUAAAAACAAAGAAAAAUAAAAUUUAGCGACAUUGUUACUUCAA